AUGGCGACAGACGCGAUGCCACCCAAGAAGCUUAAAAAGCUACCCUUCAAGCCCACGGCCCUUGGGAGGGCAGGCUCCUCCAGAAGCAAAGAUCCCGAAUCGGACGACUACGAUGUCACGAAACUAUUCAGCCGCUCUAGGGAGAUGGCGCCUGCCCUUCACGCCGAGGAGGAACAGAGAUGGAAGAGGAAACAAGACAAGUUGAAGAAGGAACUCGAGAAAUCCAGACUACCUGCCGAGAAGCGGCCCAUCGACGACGACGACGAUGAAGAGGAACAUAGCAGUCCCGGCCCCAGCCAGGCCACCUCAAAGGCUUCUGCCAGUGGAAGCCAAAAACGAGAUGCGCGAGGAGACAGACAUCAAAAAGAUAGCAUUUCACAGGCCGACGAGGAGGAUGAGGAAGCCCCAAGUAGCUUGGUCACCCCGCCAUCAUCCAAGCGUGUAAGGCUUGAUAAGUCAUGGUCUUCGAGACUGAGCCCAGGCGCAGCAUCUUUGAGCCAGUCCUCAGUACCAGAAUCGCCUUCACCCAGAAGAAGCAGGCGGCUGGCAGAACUGCCACCAUCCGAGUCUCCUGAAGCCAAAUCUACACGCGAAGUGGCAUCAUCCCCCAUCUGUAUAGAAUCUGAUGACGAUGAGGUCGAAAUCGCAAGACCCAGCCAGUCUAGCACCGAUGUCAAGAUAGACGAUGAGGAGCCUGGCGAGGACGACAUCAUUGAGGAAGAGGAAGAGUUUGCCGAAUAUGUCCAGAGGGCAAAGGAGCAGCGCGCCCGAGAUGUCUCUCGUGAUGUCGAUUUUGAUUGCGAUGAUAAAGCCGUCAAAGUACACGUCAAUAGCCAAAUCGACGGCACCCGGGACUGUCUGGUGAUCGUCAGAUAUGACAAGAGCUUGAAAGACAUUCGAAAAUCUUGGUUUCAGACCCAGACCAAGUUCAAUAUAUCGCUUCCUCCAGGUUUUACCAUGAGCGAUUCUAUCCUGACAUGGUGUGGCGCACCAGUCUACAGCCACACCAGCCUUCGUGAUCUGUCCAUUAGACCCUGCGGAUCUGGUAAGGUAACUGCGCCAAGCUCAAACCGAGAUGGUAUAAGCCCUGACGGUACUGUGGUCCUUAUGCGGAUACAUACCCCUGAGGGCUUCAGGAUAUUCGAGGAAGAAAAGCGUCGGAAACGUGAAGCCCACGACUUCUCCGACGACGAAGCAGAUGAUUUGCCGGAAUCCGAGGCCGAAAUAUUGACGAUCAAUCUGGCGGCCCGAGACUUGGAGCCAGCGGAGUUGAAGGUUCAGCCAGAGACAACCGUUGACACAGUCAUAACGACCUACCGAGCCAUUCAAAAGAUACCGUCUUCUCGCCAAAUUACUCUUUGGUUUGAUGGCGAAAUGCUUGAAGACUACAUCACUAUGAGGGAUGCUGAUAUUGACGAUUUGGAUACCAUCGAGGUUCAUAUCAAGUGA